UAUUAUCUGAGGUUUAAUUAAAAGUUUGAAAUUAGAAUGAUUGAUCAUGAUUUUAAUGAAUAUUUUGUGUGUGGGGUCAUUUCUACGCUGUUCGUUUUACUUGUCACAUUAAUUUUACUAAAAUGGUGGAGAUUUAUGAGAGCAUUAGAGAAAGUCGAUAAGUUGGAUGGAAGGUACAUCUUCGUUACUGGAUGCGAUUCCGGAUUUGGGGAGGAACUCUGCAUUGAGUUGGAUAGAUUGGGCUGUCACGUGUUUGCUGGGUGUCUGACUGACGAGGGAAUGGUUAAUAUCAAGGACAGGUGCUCAAGUAAGGUCUUCCCCAUUCAAUUGGAUGUCCGACAUCACAACAGUAUUCAGAGGUGUCUUCAAGAAAUAAGAAAACUCAUCCCAAAAAAUAAAGGUCUUUGGGGUCUUGUGAACAACGCAGGCAUAUGUGGAGCGGUGGGACCGACACAAUGGCUGAAUGCAGGUGAUUUCAAAGAAGUCCUAGAAACAAAUUUGCUGGGAGCCAUCGACGUUACACUGAGCACUCUACCAUUGCUGAAGUCUGAGAAUAAAUAUGAAUCGUGUAGGAUUGUUAGCAUGACAAGCAUCAUGGCACAGUUUAUCAGUCCAGGUGCUCUGCCUUACUGCAUUUCUAAAUCAUCUUUGAUGACUUUCUGCAACUGUUUAAGAUUGGAAUUAUCCUAUUCGAAGAUACAUGUCUCAACAAUACAGCCUGGAGCCCAUGAGUCAAACUUCACCAAAACUGGUCUAAUCUCACUGCAGAAAUCAUGGGAGAGACUUUCUAGUGAAGAAAAGAAUUUAUAUGGACUUGACUAUUACAAGAGAAUUUCUUGGUACGAAAGAACAUUCUUGAAAAUCUUCGCCAGAAAGAGUCACAGAAAAGUAAUAGAGGCCUACAUACAUGCUCUGUUGAGUAAGGCGCCUUCUAGAAAUUACAUUGUAGGGUAUGACGCCAAUGUCAUGUGUUUGCUGAGUUUAUACUUCCCUAAUUUCAUCUUAGAUUUUCUCUUUAGAAUCACUGGCGUUGUUUGCAGGCCUCUCUCUAGUUGAUGAUUUUACUAUAAAGUUAUUUUUCGAUCGACAGUAUCAGGUUUAGUUUGAUCAUGCGUGCGUGUAUUAGUUUAAAACUGAUUUAUUUAAUUUUGAAAUUGUACAUACAAAAUCGACAGAGUAUUUUUUUGAGUUUAUUUAAUUUAUAAAUAGUUUGCCUUUUGUUUUCAUUCAAGGAGCUGGUAUUUGUACUAAAUUCUGGUUUUAACGUGUAGAAGAUUGACAAUUAGUUGUUUAAUUGUUGGUUGAUUCCUCUGCCCAUUCAUUCGAUGCGUUUGCUAUGCUACUUUUACUACUGCUGCUGCUACUACUAAUAAUAACCAGGAAUGUAAGAAAUAAUAAAUAAAUUGAAACAAACUUCUGUACUAAAAAAAAGGUUUUUAUUAAAGCUCACAGCUACGCUACAAGCAAUCUAGGAAGCUGUUUCUAUUCGUUUUCAUUAAAAGACAGACUGCAUUUCAUUGUGUUGUAUUGUGUGUGUGUCAUGUUAUAAGUCCUAUUGUGUUAUAAGUCACAUUUAGCUAUUAGGCUUGUACAUACCUCAGAAUCCACCAAACAAUAUAUACACACGCAUAUUUAAAAGUUUAAAAAUACAACUAGCUGAAAUUUGAAC